AUGUUUAGGUUGAUAGUAGUGACGUUUCAACUUCUCAAUAUGCAAAAUCUUAUCUUCUUCUUCCUAGAGCCGCUCGUCAUUCAACCUUCUCCGACGAAUUUCAACGACCUGCUGCCAUUAACAACGCCAAUCCUUUUCAUUCUAGCCGUUGUGCUUCACCUUCGUCCCUCAAUCUCCGUCUAUCUCUAUUUUUCCCUUCAUCUCAACUCUUCGCGGAUUCAACUCGUAAAACAGGCGUGUACGAAGAAAGAAGAUGAAGAAUCGAUGCAAGAACACGCAACACACCAGGAAUUACAUCAUGAACGUGAAGAAGGUUCAAUCGUUCAAUGGAUUUACCUGGAUUUGCAGGAGGAGAUCGAUCACAGAAAUCCAGAGAACUCUUCUAAUCCGGAUGUGAGGCGCGAAAUAAACGCGAGAACAUCAACCUCACAGCGACGAUAG